GUGGCUUUGCCGUUCUGAGUUGCCUUGUUACAUUGUGACCCCACAGUCUCCUGGAUCCCGGUGCCAGCUUUAUAUUUUGGAAUUUGCAACUUUGUGUCACACCUGGAAGCGAUCGUUUAAAGGAUUUUAGAAGUAUACUUUCCCACAGCUACAAGUCGCAAUGGGAGAAUAUAAUGAAAAGAAGGAUACGUGUGGCACAAUAUGCCUGAAAUACCUGCUGUUCGCCUUUAAUUUCUUUUUUUGGUUGGCAGGACUGGCUGUAAUGGCAGUGGGGGUUUGGACAUUGGUCCAGAAGAGUGACUACAUCAGCCUUCUACCCUCCAGCACCUAUGCUGCAACUGCUUACAUCCUUGUUAUCGCUGGUGCUAUCGUUAUGGUAACUGGAAUCCUGGGAUGCUGUGCGACCUUCAAGGAGAGGAAAAGUCUCCUAAAAGUGUACUUUUUCUUGUUGCUGUGUAUUUUCAUUUUGGAGAUACUUGCUGGCAUCCUGGCUUACAUAUACUACCAGCAGCUGAAUGAUGAACUCAAGCAGAGCCUUAAGGACACAAUGACCAUGAAGUACAAACAGCCAGGACAAGACAAGGUGACCGGUGCAGUAGACAAACUGCAGCAGGAGUUUAAAUGUUGCGGCAGUAAUAAUUCAAGGGACUGGGCAGAUAGCAUUUGGAUAAAAUCUCCAGAAUCUGAGGGCCGCCUUUUUCCCGAUAGCUGCUGUAAGACUGUUACUGAGAAGUGCGGUAAGCGGGAUCAUCCCUCAAACAUCUACAAAGUGGAGGGUGGCUGUAUUACCAAGCUGGAAGCUUUUAUCCGGUCUCACCUGCUAAUCAUUGGCGCUGUAGGCCUUGGUAUUGCUAGCGUACAGCUCUUUGGAAUGAUUUUCACUUGCUGCCUCUAUCGGAGUCUAAAAUCUGAGCCGUACUGAAAGACGCCAGAUGUUCAUUUUGCACUUUCCCCCCCUGCUGAUAAUACAUAUCCCUGAUGCCUUAACAUGCUUUGGGUAUUCAGACUGGUUUAAUGUCCCCCAAAUCAACAGAUUAUGGCAUUAUUCUUUACCAUUUUACCAGAGAUGACCUUCAAGUUUGGAUCUUCCGAUGUCCCAUUUCACACCACGAAAGUAUUGACCUGACACGGUGUCAAGAUGUUAUUCCAGCUGCCAGUAUAAAGACUACAAACAAUGCUAAUGCCCACUUUGUGCCAUGAUUCUCGCUAAUGACUCGAAGCAGCCUUCUCUUUGCUCAGUACGGUUACAUUUUAAAAUCGCAUCAAAAAUGAACUUUUUUUUAAUUGUUAUCAACUACCAAUUUACUAUGCUUUUAAUAGCUUUCCUUUUAAGAUCUCUUGGAAUACGGAUAACAAGCCAUGUGCCUAAAGAUUCCAUUGGCAGGACAUUGGACAGUGAUCACCCUGGACUUUUUAGUUUUUAGAGGUCAAAACUUCAUCUCCUCUGGAAAUUCAGAAGACAUGACCACUCCAAUUAGAGGACUACAGCGAACCAUGACAGAAAGGCUGCAGUUUAAGGAAGACAUCUCUAAAAAUGAUCCUUGGAGAAGAUGUAACCAACACAGACAUCACAUUUCUCAAAUCACAAUGGCUAACCUUUGGCUAGGAAUAACCAAUAUUGCAAACUGCACCCUUACUACUGUUUCUUAUUUGACACAUGCUUGUCACUCUUAGGCU